AUGGCCCAGUGCAAGAAGAGUAACAGGAAUUUUUUAGAGGAGUUGGGGAAGAUCAUUUGCGAGAUUGAGACUCGAAAGCCAGAGCCAGAGUGCUGCAAUAUUUCCUGCCCCCCUUUCGGCUGUCCCUCGGGUCCCUGUCCUGGAAUGUGCUGUUUCCAGGGGGUGGUGGACCCCUGUUGUGCUUCGAAAAUGCCUAAAUUCUCUUGCCCACCAAAAUGCCCACCCCCUCCAUGCCCUUCACCGCGUCCGCGCCUGUGUAUACUCUCCGGCCCACCACCGUGCCCACCACAACAAUCAUGCCCUUCACCUUGUUCAAAACCUCAACCCAAAUGCUGCGUUCCACUGAGCUUUCUGCAAGCUGCAUGUGGACCCAAAAAAUACUGCCUCCCUCCCCUGACGUUCCCACCCCCUAGCCGGAAUGAAGGGAUGGCCAUGUGUCAAAUGUCGCCCAACUGUUGUCCGGUUCCUUGUCCACUCCCCUGUCCCAAACCCUGUUCAUCAAUGAUGCAAAUUUGUUGUCCACCGCUAUGUCCACCCCCUCAUCAGAUAAAUUGUAUGGCUUCCUGUCCAAAGCCAUGUUGUCCACUCCCUUGUCCACCCCCAUGUCCCAUGUCUUGUCCCAUGCCCUGCCCUAUGCCUUCUCCUUGCACUUCGUUCAUUGUGUCAAUUCCACCUAGAUAA